GUUCAAACAAGAUAGCGGUCCUAAUUACGUCACGCCCCCUCGGCCUUUUUUUUUAUCCUCCGUUUUGCAUAAACGUACUGUCCCCGUUUUUUACGUACCACAUGAUUUUUUUUUUUUUUUUUUUUUUUUUUACCGCUGAAAGCACAUUGCGACUUGUCAAACCGCGGCUCUGGACCAGAGGAGGUAGCACACGAGCAGAAGACGCAGAAGCGGCACCGAGCCCGCAGUCUAUUCAGCGGAUACCAGCCUCCUCCUCAUUCAUCCUUUCCUCCUCGCUGGAAUAACUUGGCUUCGUCUCCCGCUUUCCCCCCUUUUUGCUCGGAGUCUGCUGUUCCAACUCCGCAAGCGGCGCUGCGGCGUUAUAUAAACCGAAUAACGGCCAGGGAUGAGCCCGUCCGUUACAGCGACGUAGCGGCUCAUAAAUCGCAUGCGCUGCCAGGGGCGGUUAAUAAAGGAGACGAAAACCCUGGUGGACUAAGUUGUGGUGUGCUCCAUCACGUUUUUUCGCGUGGUGAAUUGAGGCGGCUAGCUUAGCUCGAUUAGAUUAGCGGCUGCCACUGGUGGUCCAGUCUUCAUUGUGUGCGGUUAAUGAACUAAGCUAGGCGGCUAACCGGGACGCGCUGCCGCUGAUGAGUCUGGUGCGGAGUGGAAUGAUGUUCACCGGCGCUAAAGGCUGUGAUUAACUGUCUAAGCCCUAUUUAAUAAUAAUUCUUCUGAAUGCCUGUCCUGUCCCUCCACAUAGCCGGCGUCUGAUCAGACCUGCGGGGCCCUGCUAUUAUACAUUAAACUCGUCCACGCACACGCUGGGUCAUGUCUUAAUUUGGAAAACUGAGAAUUGGGCUGAAGAGGGUAAGCUGGUUAGAUAAUCUUGUUCUUGCGGUUUAAGGCGAGUUAACAGGCUGGUCGGCGGAUUAGUCAGACGGUCAGGACUGGUGCUCCCUGGACUUCCCCUAUCUUUACGUCGGACUCAUUUCUUCCCCGGUUUCGACGUUUUUCGUUUUUUUUUUUUUUUUUUUUUUUUUUAGUUCCUUCUGCGCCGCAGCUCCACCACCACAAUGGGUGGUCAUAACGGGGGCGCUGCGCCGGCUGAAGUGGAGCCCAUGCCCGGGUACUUGGACCUCAUCACCCGGGCUUCUACUGUCAUGUUUGACGCAUGGAGGGACUGUAGCGGCUGCGGGCUCGAGCUCUCCAGAAGGACUCUCCUGGAUAACGCCUACAUUACUUACACCGAAAUCGCCCUGUUCUUCUUUUGCACCUUUUUGUGGACGCAGAUGAGGAGGGGACUGACAGAAAGUCUGUUUAAGCCUCUUGCACAGUGGUGUCGGCUGCUGCCCAAAGAUGCUGCCAAGAUGCCAGAGAGCGCGUGGAAGCUGGUCUUCUACACCAUGUCAUGGUCAUAUAGCACCUACCUGCUCUUCUUCAGCUCCUACUCCUUUUUCCAAGACCCGCCCUCUGUCUUCUACAACUGGAAGAGUGGUAUGACAGUGCCUGCAGACAUUGCCAUCGCCUACCUGAUCCAGGGCAGCUUCUAUGGACACUCCAUCUACGCUACCGUCUACAUGGAUGCUUGGAGGAAGGACUCGGCCGUCAUGGUGGUGCAUCACAUCAUCACACUGGCACUCAUCAGCUUCUCCUACGCCUUUAGGUACCAUAAUGUGGGGAUCCUUGUGUUGUUCCUCCAUGACAUCAACGACAUCCAGCUGGAAUUCACCAAACUCAAUAUUUACCUGAAGUCCAGAGGAGGGGGCUAUUACCUGCUCAAUGAUAUUCUGUCCAACAUGGGCUCCGUCAGCUUCAGUAUCACAUGGUUCUGGUUCCGACUCUACUGGUUCCCUCUCAAAGUGUUGUACGCCACAUGUGUGUCCAGUCUCCAGUCUGUUCCCAACAUCCCCUUCUACUUCUUCUUCAAUGCUCUUCUACUGGCGCUGUUGGCCAUGAAUAUCUACUGGUUCUUAUUCAUCGUGGUUUUCGUAGUGAAGGUGCUGAAGAUGAAGGAGGUAAAUGAUGUCAGGGAGUACGAGGACGAGGACGGCAGCAGGGCCGUGGCGGCAGGUAAAUCCCCCAAGGCAGAAAACGACAACAACGAUGAUGCUGGACAUCACAACUCUACCCAGGGGAAGCAUGUGCAGAACGGGAUCACCAAGGAGAAGCAUCUAUAACAGGCUCUCCGUCGCCACCACCUGGUAUCAGGCUGCACGUACAAGCAAGACAAGAUGCCUUCCUUCGUUGGCAAAUGAAACGAAUAGGAAGAAAAAAGGAAAAACACAAGUUUGGUCGCACGGAAUUUUUACUCUUUUUACUUGUUUUAGAAGAUUUCAUUUCAUCACUGUCAUUUUAUUUUCAGGUUUUUUAUUAGAGCACUGUGAAUGUUAUUUCAGGUGACUUUUUGUCUUAUAUUGUUGCUAAUUUUACAUUUGACAAAUCCAUUAGAAACAGUGGUAUGCGACAGUCAUGAGUUGAACUGUAACGAUCAUUUUCAGUCCAGGGUUGUAAUCAUCACUAUCACUCUUGAGUCAUACUCCAGUACCUGGAAGAACCAGGUUUAGACCCGUAGUGGUUUCAUGCAGGCCUUCACUAACCAUUAGUAGUAAUCUGGGUUAAAAAGAAAAUGCAGUUCACUGCAGGGUCGUUGUUAACUGUCAAUCUGUGUUGGUGGUUGGAUUUCUGUCCUUUCACAACUCUGACAUGAGGAGAAAAACCCUAAAUCAGAAAAGUACUUAAAACAGGAAACUGUGUUGUUUUGCCUAUUGACACAGUGAUGCGGCAGAACCUGGCGUUAUCUGCUGCUGUUUCUCCACAUGUUUUGAUUUUCAUAUCAUUGCACUCAGCUUUGGGGACCUCUCUUAGAGUGUGUCUGUGUGUUGGUGUGUGAAGGCUGUGGAGGCGAUGCUGAGGUAUGGAUGUGGUCUUUUAAAUCUGCUGUUUCUGACAGAAACAAUUUCACCUCACUUGGAAUUCUUCAUCUUCUGUAAUGAAGACUGACUGACGGUUUUCUGGGGGGGGGGGUUUCGUGGCAUUCCUCAAAUGUUUUUGUUACCACUUUACAAUCUGGGAUUUAUAAAUGGUUCAAGUUAAGGUUAUUAAUUGUGCUGUUAACAUUUAAUGAGGGAUUAAUAAACAUUUAGGGUGAUUUAUAACAGUUUUCAUGGUACUUGGAGCAAAGUUGAAUGAUGUUAAAUCCAGCUGGUUGUUUAGCCUACUUUGCAUGGUAAACAUUUGUGAAUGGUUUACUACCAUAGGAAAGGCAAAUGGAGCCUUGUUGUUAACUACACAAUACAUCUCAAACUAUUAUAAAUUGUGCAUCAUUUUGUAUUAUUUGUAAUUGGUAAGAGGGGUCCUUUUUGUAAAGACUGAGAUAGUCAAGUUCAGGUAAAGACAGUAUAGCUCUCAUGUUUAGUUAACACAAGUUAGCAAAAUACACCACUGUUACCAACUUACACAUCACUGAAAUUACACCCAUAUUACAUAAAACACUAUUUUAAUUUAAGGUAUGUUUAUCAUCAUUGCAUGAAUAAUAAUAACAUGUCCUUUAGCUAAGACAUGCUAACAGCUUGCAUGCAUAUUGAUGACACAUUUCUCAUUUUAUAAGUCAAAUUGAACUUUUUAAGCAUUAAGAUAUACUAAGGGUGGUUAUAUGGAAGUAAUAUAUUAUUAAAUAUCAGUUUACAGGUAUAAAAGCUGCCAGUGGAGAAAACAAUUUGGCAGCAAAGAUUAUAGAUUUUUUAGCAGGUGUUCGCAGGCUGAUUAAUAACCUAAUUAAGCCAUUUAACCCCUUAAAGGCUCCAUUUCUGUAAAGUGGUUGAUGCUUUUUGUUUGUGUGGGUCUUUCCUCAGUGUGUGAAGCGUCUGUUGCUGCACUGAUAUGAAGGCGUGCAAGUGAUCGCUGGGAUAAUGAAUUGGUUGACUGGGUUUCUGCAUCAUCUUCAUCAUUUUGUUUAAAAUUUAUCGAUUGGUUGAAAUAAAAUUUAGAAGCAGUUCAUGCGUGGUGGUGGCAGAUAUCGGAACAGCAGCCCUGAACUUGUGUAAAGAUUUUUUAAAAAUCAGUAUAAUAAAAACAUUUGUAUGCACACACACAUUAUGAUAUUCAGGAAUGCAUGACGUGGAAUGAUGACGUGGAAAUAUGCUAAGAAAUUGUCUAACAAAUGAUAAAAGAAAAAAAUCCACUAGCUAUGUAAUAAUGCUGUUUUUAUUGAUGUCUAAAGCUAAAAGUGAAGUUUUUUUUAAAGCAGCCGUCACCAUUGAAACAGAAACCAGUGAGAAACAAAACCUCCUGUAGAACUGAAGUGCUUUCAGCUUCUGGAAUACUCACAUUAGAGUAUUUUACUGUAGCUUUUACAUCUAGUACAGUGAAAUGACAGUGAAUUCCUUCAACUGAUCUCACUGGUCUAAUCUGUGAGUGUUGUAGUGGAAACCAAUGCUGCAUCAGUACAAAAUAAGGCCUUUUUCUCUCUGUGUCCCUUCUUGAUCAAACUGGAGCUGUUGUUUGGAUGAACAGCAUGCUUGUACCGCUGGAACAGGCCACAGACGUCACCUGCCCCGAGGAGAAGCAGUGCGGUCCUUCGUUUUCGUCUUCCACAGCCCUCUCCUCUUCAGUGCUGGGGGGGGGGGCGGUCAGAGUUGAUACUUUAAAUUUUACAUUGACUUUAAUUGCUGUAGUUCAGGGUGUUGAUUAGUUUUGGAAUUGCUGCUGUUUUUUUUUUCUCUCUGAGAGCACUGUUUGUAUCCAGUUGUGUUUUUUGUUUUUCUGUUGUGUAUGAGUAGGAUGUUGUCAUCUGCUCAGAUCAGAUAUUCUGGGACCAGGGAGAGUCAUUGUGUUUAUCUGCAUCACAAACAUGGAUUUAGUCUUGAAUCGAAAUGCUGGUUCAUUCUACAUCUGUACUGUAACAUGAUUUAUCAGACAUGUUGCUGUGUGUAAUAUAUCCAGGUUUUUUUUUUGUUUUGUUUUCUGGCAGGACAUGAUCUGCUGAAACUGUGAGACUAGACAAUUUAUAGUUCGCUAACUUUUACAUUUUUAAAAUUUAUUUAUGACAGAAGUGAAGAUCGAGGCAAUAGUCACGAUGGAAAUGAACAAACAGAUGUGUGAUCUAGGUCAGCUGUGACUCCUCCCUCCAGUCGGGUAGUACUGGUACUAAAGUAAUGGUAGUAGUACUGUACACACAAAGGAAGACUGCACCUUCAGUCUGACCUCUGUCCCACUGUGUCCCACCACCAAACAGUGCUGUGACAAAAGGAAAUGACAAACCAUGACUGACAUCGGAAAUUUAAGGGAAUUCAAGGGAACAUUUGGAAACUUUUUCUGUGUAGAUUUUAUUGGAGUGUUUCAUUGGGCAUCGGUUUGCAGGUUAUUUUGGAUCAAGAUGUUGCACGUGAAGCUCAGUUCAGUCAAAUGACUCAGCCGAAACAAAACACUUUAAACAGUUCCGAAACAGCAAAAAUCAAUCUGUAGGUGUGGAAGAUAUAUUUUAAGUCAGAAGGCAGGUUCCAGCAGCUCCUAAAAUGACAGGAUUUAAUCUAAAAAAUCAAUCUGAUUUCUCCAAAUUGGCAAACAACAUGUCAUGAAUUGCAUCAUCUUCUUUUUUAGUGAACAUCCAAACAAUCAUGUUGAAUUACAUGAUCUGUCCAUCACAGAUAACAAUACAACCUGAAAAC